AUGUUUCAACAAGCCUCUCAAAGGGCUUCUAAACGAGCCACUGCUGCCAUCGCCACGGGAAUUGCUUCUGUAAUCACUUGGGAACAUCAUCAUCAUCAUCAUCAUCAUGAUCCUCAGGCAGAUGCAAACGCGGAAGAAGGAGAGAAUGGAGGAGCAGGAGGAGGAGGAGAACAACAAGAUGUUGAUGGAGACCGGCGAUUGUUAUUGUCUGUGUAUUACAGAGAUCCUCUUCAUUUGCAGUCGCCCUAUCAUCAUCAGUACUCCCGGUUUCCCUUGUUACCAACAUCAACACUGAACAGCAGCAGCAGCAGCAUGAAUGUUGCUCAAUGCGAUGCCGCAACCUCCCAACCUUCUUCCUCAUUGUUUUCCAAAGGCUUGUCUUCUAUUUUGAGAAGAAUGCAUCAGUCAGAAACCAAGGAUACUUCCUUGGAAUCCAUAUACAAAAUAAAGUCCAAAACACCCAUUGGCGAAGGCGCCUUUGGUCAAGUCUUUUUAGGAAGCCACAAACAGACGGGAGAACAAGUGGCAAUCAAGAAGAUAUGGAAGGAAUUUACCAAUCGUCAAGAUUGUCAACGGGAAAUGAGCGCCUUGCUUCACAUCAAGGAACAUGGGGGACAUCCACACAUUUGUUCCCUUCACGAAAAUUUUGAUGAAGCUCAGCAUUAUGCGCUCAUAUUGGAUUUGAUUAAUGGAGGAGAACUAUUUGAUCGUCUCGUGGAAAAUGGAGCGUAUUCCGAAUUGGAUGCCAGCCGAUUGAUGCGAGAAGUAGUGUCGGCAAUUAACUUUUUGCAUGGCAUUGGCUUGGUUCAUGGAGAUUUGAAACCCGAGAACUUAAUGCUCAGUCAGACCCACAGAAGUUCCAUCAUCAAGGUGGUCGACUUUGGUUGUUCCGAACUUGUGGAUCUACCAUUGCCUCCGUCGACCCAAGAGCGCAAUUCGACAGGAACUGUGGCCUAUUAUUCUCCCGAACGAGGUCUGGAUACCAAGCAAGCACCCACCAAGGCACUGGACAUGUGGGCACUGGGUAUCAUUUUGUUCAUUAUGCUGACGGGGUUGCAUCCAUUGGACCCAGAAGGAAAUUCCACGGACGAACAACUCAAGGCCAAAUUACGGCGGCUCUAUGACAAAAAGAUCAAUCUUAUGGAGUCCCGCAAACUCAAGCCCUUUAUUUCGCAUCUGAGUCCAUCGGCCAUCCAAUUGUUGACGCUCUUGCUCGAACCGGAUCCUACCAAACGCGUGGAAGCUUCCAAAUUGAUUCAACAUCCGUGGAUUCGAGGCCUCACGGCGACCGAGGGCAAGAUUGAAAAUUCCGACAAGCGCUUGUCCAAAAUUCGCAAGUUCCGUUCCAAGAUUGAAACCAAAGUCUUUCAACAAUUGGUGUCGUUUGCGGAUGCCGGCCAUACCAAGACCAAGGGAUCCUUGUUUCAAAAAGCAUUUUCGUCAAUGGACAAGGAAGACAAGGGAUUUUUGACAGUGGACGAUGUGUCGGGUGCCGCACUCUCCGGUCUUGUGGGGCCGCCUCCUGCGGAUGGGGUUCCUGCCGAUGACAUGUCGCUCUCGGAAUUUUCAACCCUAUUGGGAGACAACAUGGUCAGCAAGUACCUACCGACAGGUCAUGUCUUGUACCGAGAAGGUGAUAUUGGUCACCACAUGUACUUUAUCAACUCGGGCAAGAUUGAUGUAUCCACUAAGGAUGGAUUUAGAGCAGUCUUGCAACAUGGGGAUACCUGUGGAGAGGGUGGACUAUUGAAUGAAAAUAGACAACGAUCGGCCACCCUACGCACCAUGACUCCAGUCCAUGUCAUUCAAAUUGACCGUGAGCACUUUUUGAAGUAUUUGAUUGGAUCCGAUUCCGAAUUGGGCAUCAAGAUGCGAGAAAAGAUCAAUGCCCGCAAAUUUGGACGGGCCGAAUAUAUUCUUGCCAAUCAUGCCAAGAAUGAAGAAACGAAAGUGCCCAAGAAUCAUAUUGUCUUUACGGAUGGAGACGAAGUAUCUGGCUUUCAUUUGUUAUGCGAAGGUAUGAUUGAUGUCAUGACCAAAAAAGGCAAGCGGUUGUAUGAUGUCAAGCCCGGCGAAGUCUUUGGAAUUCAAUCCUUCUUGAUGGAAAAGAACAAUCGCCGAGACUUGGCCAAAUGCAUUGCUGACGAAGGUUGUACCAUCAAGACCAUGCACCGCGAUACGGCCCAUGACUUGUUCCAAAAGAAUCCAGGGAUCAAGGAAUCAUUGAGUGAACUGGCUCUUCGAAGAGAAUUUCGAAGGGCAAUUGUCUUGAAGUUCAACAAGAGCUUUCCUCGUGACAAACAGGGACUCCGAAAGGUCUUUGAUGCCAUUGAUUUGGAUAAAUCGGGUCUCUUGAAAAAGGAAGAACUCAAGGAACUCUUGUUGACUCAUUUGGAUGACUUGAUUCUAACGGAAGACGAUGUGGAAGCCUUGCUGGCUACAAUGGACUUGCAACAGAAUGGUGUUGUAGAUUUUGAAGAGUUUUGUAGCAUAUUUCUCGGCAAACACCUAUUGUAG